AUGGCUUCGUCUUCGGAUCCAGUGACACUCCCAGCGAACGCAGCACAGCUAAGAGAACAACUCAUUGCUGCAACACAGCGAUUCUUCGAUAGCCACGGCAUCCGUGUCAAAACGAGAAAGCUCCCAGUGCAGGCCGCCACACCAGCGUCUGCACCGGGGACAAAGGCGGAGGGCGGCUCGGCGCGAAGGACCCAUGGAGGCGGCCGGUCGACGCAGACGGACGGGUCGGGCCAGUGUACCGACAGCUCGUCCUCGGCUUCGCUUCCACUGUACCAUUUCAUCACUCGUCAGAAGCUUCAUAUGGCGGAACAGCUGCUGAGGAAUAAGUCGUGUUACUUGACUCCGUACAACAAAAGAUCUGAAAAACGCCAGAAGGCAUCACCCUGGAUCAUGCAAGACAUGAGUGAAGAGGUCAAGAAACACCUUGCACAGAUGAGUUCGGAUUUUGAUGACAGAGAGUUCUCUGGCGUCUACAUCUCCCUCCACACCAGUCCGUAUUUGGUAGACUGCGAAUACGGAAAUCUCAGUCGAAGCCGCUUUGUGGGCUGGGCGCUUGUCGAGCUCCUAACCACCAACGAGCGCUGCCUCAAGGCUCUGUGGAUACAUCCAGCCCUUUCUGCUUCCAGCACGAGGCUUGUCCUCCAGGCUUUUCUUCCUCGAAUUCUUGUUGAAGCGAUCGAAUUUGCCACUCCCGGGGUCAGCCCCUUGUGUCCGUGGAGGUUUUUCUACUGCUGGCUAAACGACUUCGAUCUGCUUCCUCGAGGCACAUGGCUGCUUCUUUCUGCCCCGAAGUACCUCGCGCUUCCUGUGCACUGCGACAACUUGAAUCUCGGUGAAGAAGACGAAGAAGAUGCGAAGGAGGAGCCGCGAGGGAAAGGAAAGGGUGCUCCUGGAAAGGGAAAGGCCAGUCAGCCGGUCGGGACCCGAGCAGAAAAGGGAAAAAGAAAGGGCAAGAAAAAGGAAGAGGAGGAGACGCACAUUGGCCACCGCGAUGGCGACGAUGGAACUACCUGCCCGUGCCAGCAACCAUCUCGCUGGCGCGACGAUUUUGAUGAGAAACUGGUGGGCUGUACAGAGAGCUACAUUUAUCGGAACUUCGACCGCAUCUUCGAUAUGAUUCCAAAGGCAAUUGACUCACGGUUGCAGGAAGAUAUCAACGCACUGCCCCAAGAGAAUCCCGAGGCUCUGAAGAAGGAGCACCCGGAGACUGAUGAAGAAAUCCGCGCGGCAGAGACAUUCGGUCUUGAUGAUGAUACAGUCAUGCGGCUGUUGGAAAAAGUGUACGGACAGUGGAAGACAGGGCGAUUCAAGCGCCUCGGCCACGAGGAAGAGGAGGAAGAGUCUCGGCCCCAAGGGCGAAGGCGACUGAACGGACACAAACACGACUCUGGACAGGGGAAAGACGUGAAGCCAGAUGGAGACGAAAACUAAUGUAGAAAAUUUCCGCAUCGCGCAAGUAGAGUGUACACGACAGUGGAGUACCACAGGAUUCUUGGUGCCUUACGUUCACGCUGGGUUUCCCCACCAGAGAAACUGAGGUAAUACUAAGAUGACAGAGGAUUUGUGUUUCCUGUUUCGUCUAUUUGAGGGUUGGCGUUAAAACUGAAAGGGAGAACAAGCAACAUGUUUUGUGGGAAUGAAUGUUGUCGCGGCCAGAAACGUCCCGAAACAGGCGGGCUAGUGGUUCGACGAGUAUGUAGAUCCCUUGCCAGAAAAAACUUUAUGGUGUGCAUGCCGUGCAGGGAAAACAAACAAAACUUGACAGUUUUGUGUGGGUGUCGUUU